CAAAGGCAUUAGUAGAUGUGCAAUAAUGGAUGUAAUUAAACAUAGAAUCGUUUUAUUCAUUUUUUCCACCAUGAUUUUUACAUCAGAAGCAAUUGAUACAGAUUUUGAUAGGGUUUGGCAAGAGCGAGCAGAUAAAGCCAAGGAGGCCGCUCGCCAGGCUUAUCAACCAAAUUCAAAAGAAGUCAUGGAUAAUCUCAAUAAGCGCGUUCACAAGUCGAUAGAUGGCAGCAACAGCACAAGAAGAAGGGAUUUACAAAAGAAUAAUGGUCCAUGCAUGGCUACAAAUCCUAUUGAUCAAUGCUGGAGAUGUGACAAAAACUGGGCACAAAAUCGAAUGAAACUAGCCGAUUGCGCUCUAGGGUUUGGUCGACAUGCUACCGGAGGAAAGGGUGGAAAGAUUUACGUUGUAACGGAUCCAUCAGACAAUGACGAAAUUAACCCUAAGCCGGGAACUUUGCGCCAUGCCGUGAUCCAACCGGAGCCACUAUGGAUCAUAUUUGCACAUGAUAUGGUUAUUAGGCUAAGUGAAGAACUUAUAAUGACAAGUAACAAAACAAUUGAUGGGCGUGGAGCACGAGUGCAUAUUGCCAAUGGUGCUGGUUUUACCUUACAAUUCAUAAGUAAUGUGAUCAUUCAUAGCCUUCGAAUUCAUGACAUUAAAGCCGGUAACGGCGGCCUAAUUAGAGAUUCUAUAGAUCACUAUGGCUACCGGACGAGAAGUGAUGGUGAUGGCAUUUCGAUUUUUGGGGGUACGAAUAUUUGGAUUGAUCAUAUUUCCAUGUCAAAUUGUGAAGAUGGACUUAUUGAUGUCAUUCAAGCUUCUACGGCCAUUACCAUAUCCAAUUGCCAUUUCACCAACCAUAAUGAGGUAAUGUUAUUUGGAGCAAGUGAUAGCUACUCGGACGACUCAAUAAUGCAAAUCACCCUUUGUUUCAAUCACUUCGGACAAGGAUUGGAACAAAGAAUGCCGAGAGCGAGAUGGGGUUUUGUACAUAUACUUAACAAUGAUUAUACUCACUGGCUCAUGUAUGCCAUCGGUGGAAGCCAACACCCUACCAUACUUAGCCAGGGCAAUCGCUUCAUCGCCCCGCCAAAUUCUUUUGCCAAAGAGGUGACAAAGAGAGAAUAUACACCUGACAGUGUGUGGAAAAAUUGGGUAUGGAAAUCAGAGGGAGAUGUGAUGAUGAAUGGAGCCUUCUUCACACAGUCUGGAGACCCUAAUCACAAAUUUGGUGGGGAUCCUGAUAUGGUCAGCCCAAAGCCUGGAACAUUUGUAAAUAAGCUUACACAAUUUGCUGGCUCUCUAAGUUGCAUUGUGCAAAAAGAGUGUUAGGUAUAUAUAGUCAGAGAUUUAAUUUAACAUUUCUUUCCUUUCGUUGAAAAAUGAAUGCCAGCAGGCCUGCUCAUCUGAAUUGAGCUCAAAAGCAUCAAGUAGGAAGCCAAAGUAGAUAAUUUUCUUGUGUACCUGUAGAAAAAGUAUAAAAGGGAUACUCAUUUCUCGUGUAUAUGUAUACUCGAUAGAUCUCUUGCAAAUAAUUGAAAUGGUUAUAUGUAUUUACAUAUACUCGAUAGAUCUCUUGUAAAUAAUUGAAAUGGUUAUAUGUAUAAUUGAAAUUACGAUCUC